AUGUCCGAGAAAGAGGGUGGGUUCAUUAUUGUUGAUAAUAAUGGUAAUUCAUUGAAUUUGGAACAUGAAAAUUUGGAAAAUGUUUGUACAAACACAGUUAUGUUGCCUGGAGAAGAAAAUAAAAUGAAAUGUUUUGAGGAACUUAAUAAGAAUAAGAAAAAGAGGAAACUUUGGAAAACAAAUAAUGGUGAAAGCAAUUCAAUUUACAAUGAAGUUCCUAAAGAACAAUUUAGUGCGUAUACUAAAGUAUCUACUCGUAGAGUUCCUAAUAUCUUAAAAAAUAAUAUGAAACUACACACAGCUACUAAAACAGCUCCAAAUGAAACGAACUCAGGCUUUAAUCAUAUAAACUCUCCUUCUAAAAGAAAUUGUAUUAAAAGAGAGGGCGAAAGAUCAUCUCACAGACGAAAACAAGAACACAGUUUUAUGGAUGUAUGGCAGGAAAAAGAAAAAUCAUUGUUUCCAAAAUCACAUGAUAUAUCUACAGAAUUCAUCCCUGAGUUCGAUGUUUCCUCUUUGCAAGAGACUGAACCGAAAAAUUUACAAGAUUCAAUUGAUUUCUCAAGCAAUGAAAUAUUCAGUAAAUUUAAUUAUGAACUUUGUGGUGUUAACAACAUGAGUGACUUUACAGACUACACAACGGACUUAAAUGAAACCUGUAACUCAUCCAUUACAAUCUAUGAUAGCAGUAUAUAUGAAAAGAAACUUGAUGUAAAUGACAAUGAAAUAGAUAUAUGUAAGACAUUCCAGAGCUCCUUAAUGAAUAUUAAACAUAAUGAGGAAGAUGUAUCAACAGCUCAAUAUUCAACAACCUCAGAGUAUUGGGCCAACUACUUAUCACAACUUAAUGAUGAAAAUCCAAACUGUUCAUCGGAUCUUUGUUGUGGUUAUUGCCUCGAAGACUAUACUUUUCAUAGAGUAGUAAGCAGUGGAGCAAACACCAGUACCACCAUGAAAAAUAAAGUUUUAUCAGAAACUAUUGAUGGGAAUUCAGUUACUAAAAAUAAUGACAUAAAUUAUCAAAAUAACUGUGAUUGUUCGAGUUCAUAUAUUACAAAAGCUGAUGUGUGUUCAACUGCUGCUACUUUAACAGAAGAGUACAGUGCUAAUAGUUCAUAUUUGCUCACAAUUGAUUCCAAAGUUUGUCCACAAAAUGUAUUAGAAAAUACUGAGUCAUCCUUCACAGAAUCAAUCAUUUCUUCUAAUGAAGAAGAUACUAAAAAAGAGAUAUUUAAGGAGCCAAUUGCAGUUAAAGAAAAAGAAUAUAAUACAUCCAAUGAACUCAGUAGUGACCCUUUUUUUGAGUCUCGUGUAGAUUCUGUUUUUCAAAAGUCUGAAGAUAGUAUGGAAUUCCAGUAUCAUACAGAUGCAUUACAAACUCAGAUGUUUGCCGAAGAUAACACAAUUGGUGAAGAAUUCCAGUGUUUGCUAUGUCCUCUAACAUUUUCUUCAACACGUACAAUGGCGAUACACCAGGCUGGAGCACACGGAGGUACGUACAUAAUACUUUGCGAAAGCUGCGGUAGGCUUUUCAAUCGAAAAUAUCAUUUCAAUAGGCAUUUUAUUCAUUGCGGUCGCUUAAAAGAGCCUUACAGAUGUGACAUGUGCAUGAAAAAAUAUAGACACAAAUCAUCCUUAGUUCAUCACUUAAAGCUCACUCACCACGUUCAUUACGCUCGCAAUCAUUCGACAACAUUCACAUGUAGCAUAUGUAAGAAAAUCUAUAGUAAGUUCGGCGCUUUUGAGAAUCAUAUGAAACGACAUAAAAACAAAUGGUAA